AGGCAGUCACAGGACUGGAUUGCUCAGUCAUCCCCUUAAUACCAGCGGGGCGCCCAGGGGUGCCGGCACAAGCGCAUCGGGGCUUGCAGCAGGAGCAGGAGCGGCGUCUCAGCCUCAGCCCGUCACCGAGUCUCUGCAAUCCCGCACAGCCGCCGCCGCCAUGGGGCUUCGCUCGUUGCUACUGCUGGCCUCUCUCGUCGCCGCCUCCUCGUCGCUGAUCAGAAUCCCGUUGAAGAAGUUCCCUUCCAUGCGCAGCAUCUAUUCAGAAUAUGGGAACGAUAUCCAAGACCUGAUUGAGAUGGGUGAGGUGCUGAAGUACAAAUAUGGGGCUCCAGGCGCAGAAACUCCAACCCCAGAAGCUUUGAAGAACUACAUGGAUGCUCAGUAUUAUGGAGAGAUUGGCAUUGGGACACCACCACAAAAGUUUACUGUAGUCUUCGACACUGGAUCAUCCAACCUCUGGGUGCCCUCGGUACACUGCCGUUUGUUGGACAUUGCUUGCAUGCUACAUCACAAAUACGAUUCUGCCAAAUCCAGCACGUAUGAGAAAAAUGGAACCGACUUUGCCAUCCAUUACGGUACUGGGAGCCUUUCAGGAUAUCUCAGCAAAGAUACUGUAUCGCUUGGUGACUUAAAAGUUAAAAAUCAGAUAUUUGGUGAAGCUGUCAGCCAACCUGGCAUCACAUUCAUUGCUGCAAAGUUUGAUGGAAUCAUGGGCAUGGCAUUCCCCAAGAUCUCUGUGAAGAAAUGUACACCUUUCUUCGACAAUGUGAUGGAACAACAACUGUUGGACAAGAACGUAUUCUCCUUUUAUCUCAACAGGGACCCAAAAUCAUCACCCGGAGGAGAAUUGCUUCUAGGGGGAACAGAUCCACAGUAUUAUAGCGGAGACUUCAACUAUGUGAAUGUCACUCGCAAAGCUUACUGGCAGGUCCACAUGGAUCAGUGA